AAACUUGGUGUCACAUACCCAUCACCACCGUGCUGAAUAGAAGUGACGCAGAUUUGGCUUUUACCUUAUAAGGCUACUAUGAUAAGCUUGGAACUAAAUGCAAGUGCUGGCAAUGGUCCCUCUAACUGAGAACUCACAGCCAUGUCUUUCAGAGCUGUCGAAACAAAAAGAUAUCGACUACUACAUGUACGUGUAACACGAGUACACGACUACUAGUAAGAGUCAGACUACCCCUUUUUGUUUUUACAAUAGACUACCCCUUUCCAUUGUUAGAAGUUUAGAACUACUGCAGCCAUGAAAGGACUCUGCUUUGAGCUUCUUCAUAACUCCAGAUUCGUGGGUACUGGAAACACCAGAGCAUUCUCUUACCGGUUUCAGAGAAAGAAGCAUCAGGCCUUCUUGGCAUUCCCCAAACUUGUAGUCUCUUCAGUCUCCUUCUCUCAAAGAUGUUUGGCAACUGCGUCGCCUUUAAUAGCCGAGGUGGAAGAAAAGAAAACAUUCGAUUCAGAGGCAGCUGGUUUGUUAGUGAAGGAGCUCCGAAAGAGUUUCAAUUCCGGGAGGACAAGGAGCUAUGAGUGGAGAAUGUUACAGUUGAGCAGUAUUGCAAGGAUGCUUGAUGAGAAGGAAAAUGACAUUCUUGAAGCUCUUUCCAAGGACCUCUCAAAGCCCGAGCUUGAAGCAUUUCUAACCGAGAUUUCUACAUCAAAAGGCUCAUGUAAGGAGGCAAUAGAAGGAUUGAAACAGUGGAUGAUCCCACAAAAGGUCAAGACUUCAAUUACAACAUAUCCAUCAUCAGCUGAAAUUGUGUCAGAACCUCUAGGGGUUGUGUUGGUCAUCUCAACGUGGAACUUUCCUUUCUUGUUAUCAAUUGAUCCAGUUAUUGGAGCUAUAUCAGCAGGAAAUGCGGUUGUCCUAAAACCUUCCGAAAUAGCUCCAGCUACGUCUUCACUUCUUGCACGAUUAGUGGAGGAGUAUUUAGACAAUUCUGCUGUAAAAGUAGUAGAGGGGGCAAUCCCAGAAACAACUGCACUAUUAGAGCAGAAAUGGGAUAAGAUACUGUAUACAGGUAGUGCUAGAGUAGGCCGCAUUGUGUUGGCCGCUGCUGCAAAACACCUUACACCUGUGAUUCUAGAACUGGGUGGAAAAUCCCCAGCUGUUGUCGACUCAGAUGUUGACUUACAGGUUGCUGUUAGGAGGAUAAUAGCAGGGAAGUGGGCAUGUAACAAUGGACAAGCUUGCAUUGGUGUUGAUUAUAUUAUCACUACAAAAGACUUUGCUCCAAAGUUGAUAGAAGGUCUGAAAGAUGGACUGGAACAAUUUUUUGGGAAAGAUCCUAUGAAGUCGAAAGAUAUAUCUCGCAUAGUCAGCUCAACUCAAUUUGCACGUUUGGUAAAGCUCUUAGAAGAGGACAAAGUCUAUGAUAAAAUUGUCCUUGGAGGUCAAACGAAUGAGAGCCAAUUAAAAAUAGCUCCAACUAUCUUGUUGGAUGUUCCAGAAGACACUCAAAUUAUGAAUGAGGAGAUAUUUGGGCCAUUAAUGCCUAUUGUCACUGUUGAGAAGAUUGAAGGCAGUUUCGAUGUGAUAAACUCGAGGCCAAAACCUCUAGCUGUCUACGUCUUCACAAACAAUGAGCAGCUGAAGAAGAGUUUUGUUGAAAAUAUAUCGUCAGGAGGGAUGCUUAUCAAUGAUACCGUCAUGCAUGUUGGUGUUGCCGGUUUACCUUUCGGAGGCGUUGGGGAGAGUGGAAUGGGUUCAUACCAUGGUAAAUUCUCGUUUGAUGGUUUCAGCCACAAGAAGUCAGUUCUAUAUAGAAGCUUCAGUAAUGAUUCUACUCUGAGGUACCCACCAUACACACCUGAAAAGCAAAAAUUACUGAAGGCUGCCAUCAGUGGUAACAUAUUCAGAAUAAUCUUGGCUUUGAUCGGAUGGUGAUCUAUCUAAUCCAGAGAGAAAUGUACUUGGGCGACAAUGGUGUAUAUCAGUUUAUUGAAGUAGGAUUCUUGAGUCUUGACAAUGUGUAAACAAAACUCACCGUAACUUUCUUCCUCAAAUGUUUCAGUAUGUAAUCAUCUAGCAACAAAACAUCAACUGCCAACUUCACUACCAUGAACAACAAGAAAAAGAAGAUCAAUAAAGGGGGUUACGGUAUACUAUUCAGCUAUGAAAAUGAGGCCAAUUAGCCUCGACAAAAUCCACCAACACUUGCUUACCCCUCUUUUCAGUGAGGAUGAUUCUGAUCGCCACAACCGUAAAUCUAUUGAUUGUUUACUCGGAUGUGCAUUUAUGGAAUGCAGUAUGACUAUAAUCUUGAACAAAGUUGCAUUCGUGCUCUUUCCAGGUCAAAAGUCAGGUUAAAGGAAAACCAAUACUAGUUAGAAUUUAGAAAACCUUUCAAAAAUGGGAUUUUAUUUUAAUUCACUUCAGAUACAUUUAGGAAACAAGAAUUACGCUUUUACUUUAUUAUAUAUAGUCCUUAGUCCUUACUGAUGUUUGUAUACUAUUGUUAUCUGUCAACCCAUAACCAAAACGCUAAUGGCCAUCGGCACACUAGGAACACCUCACAUGCCUGACCUUCACAACUUUACCUGACCUUGUUGUUGACAAAAUCCUUAGAUUACUUCCGACCAAAGUUACCGUCCAGGUGAGCUUUAAUUCCAAGCACUGGCAAGGUGCAGUCUCUUCGUUCCCUGCACUGAAUUUCAGUGAGGAUGAUGAUUUUGAUCGCCACAACCUUAAUCGUUACGGUCACUACCAACAUCAACACAAGAAGUUCGUCAACUUCUUGAAGGGUUAUUUAGGUUAUCUUGCGAAGUACGACUCAGAAAGAGCAUCAUCAUCUAGAUAAACUCACUCUUCACAUGAGGAUGUAUGGGCGUCGAAAUUCUCCUACAAUAACCAAGUGGUUGAAAUAUGCAUCUCAGAGAGGCAUUAAAGAGUUGGAUUUAGGUCCAAGUUUUGACCUAAUACAACAUGGGAGCACUUUCACUGUGAGAAGUGGCCACUUCUACCGAUUGCCCUGGGUGGCUAUUGCUUCUGCAAAAUGUUUAACUAGUCUGAAGCUGGAGUGUGUGAGAGUUCCACACGUUCGAAUUACAGAUUAUUGUCCAACAAGGCUGUAUGAGAGACUUUUUCCUUCUUUUAAA